GAAAAGACGUCGAACUGAAUUAUAGAGAAGUUAAACUUUACUUUAUUCAGCUGGAGGGUCCUCUGCGGGUCUUGUCGUGGGCCCCUGAAGGUCUGGACUGAAAAAAACUUUUCCAAGAAUAACUUCCAUUUUGAGUGUUUCAGACUGAAAACUACAGAGCAACGCCUCCACCGGGUGGUGAGACGAGAGAUUACAAAAACGUCAACAGCAUCCAUCUGUCUUCGUGCAUCUUCCCUGGCACCGAGGAAAGACUCGAAGGCUGAAACACUGUAGAAAUGAAAAAUAUUCAAAUACAAAUUUGAUCUGUUCACUUCGAUUCUAAUAAUAACCUGACAACCAAUCAAUCGCCCUGUCUGCAGCUGCCAUUCAUGAGCCACCGCUGUGAAUGAGGACGGGGUUUCUCCUCCAUUUCACAUCACCACCAUCAUCAUCGUCAUCAUCGUCAGUGGUGGUCACGUGGUGCGUCGGGAGCGGGCGGUGGGUGUGUCUAAUCGCGUGUGGUUUCAUUCAUAACUACAGUCUUUAUUUGAAGCUCGGAUUAAAGUAUGCAGACGGGGCAGGCUGCCUGUGCACCGCUACCAACGGAGUCUACAGCCGGGCUGAGAGCAGACGACGCAGAGAUGUGGGACAGCCCUGAUCCGCGGGUUUUCGGAGGAGAGGAGAAGAUGAUGCUUCUGCUGCUGAUGCUGAGGCUGCUGCUGCUGAGCGCCGCCGGCUGCAGCGGGUCCCAGUAGUCAGUCUGCACAGCGCGGAGGGAAGCUGCUCCAACACCGUCUGCAUUGACCGGUUCACUCACGCUGACCUGGACCAUGAGCAAUGAUUUGCCUGUUCUGACAAGUCUGACGGAGAACUCCACUGAUGUGCCGGUGUCGACGGGCCAGGUGGAGAACUAUGUGCUGCUGUUGGUGCUGCUGAGUGUUUUUGCCGGGGGGACGCUGGUCCUGCUCUCCCUGCUGCUCCUCUUCUGUCACCGCUGCUGCAUGGGUGGACGCCGCUACUCCAGAGCCAGCGAUGACCCUGAGAAGACAAACACCACUUAUGCUGAGGAUUCUCAGCCCACCCAAGAGAUCACCAUUCGUCUGGAUGAAUCAGAUGCUCUCUCAGCUUCAAGCUGUCAUGAUGGAGAGUCAGAACGAUUUGUCUCCACUGGGUCUACUGGGCGCAGAGUCUCCUUCAAUGAAUCUGCACUUUACGAACAGGAGAAGACGACUCAGAACAAAGGACGCAGGUACACUCUGACUGAAGGAGACUUCCACCACCUGAAAAAGGCCCGGUUGACCCACCUUCACCUGCCGCCAGCCCCGUGUGACCUUAAGAUCCUCACCAUCAUGGAGUGUGACUCAGCAGAGAGCAGCACAAUCAACAUCAGUGAGACUGCAGCUCCGAAACUGCCCCUUACCAUCUACCAGCCCACUGAGAGAGUCCCUGACUGGAUGGGACAGAGCCUCAGUGGAGGUCUGCCAGGAGACCCGCACCACUCCAUUGUCCUGGACCAGGGACCCAGACAGGCCUCAUCCGCCAUGAAAACACAGCACACACGGUCCCAGACAAUGGAGGCUAUCGGGGAUAGGGGAGAGGCUGAGAGCGAAAGGGGGAUGAGAGGAGAGUUGACUCAAGCUCCGGGCCAGACUUCAGUUCUACAUUUCUUCUCUAAACUGCGGCGCCAUGCCAGUCUGGAGGGGGCAGGGCCUUACUUCAGGAGGUGGAAGUUCGACAGCAGUCACCGGGCUGCCAGUCUGGAUGCCAAAGGAUCGCCAAAGAGACGGCCCUUCCAGAGACAGAGAGCAGCAAGUGAAACCACCGAUCACACUGAUGACGACUCUUUAACUCUCCAAGAUGAAUCUUUUCCCCACACUCCCAUCCUGACCAGUGGCCUCCAGUCCCUCUCUGCAGAGUCUCUGUCUCACCCCGCGACCACACCCACAUCUUCAGUCUUCCUCAGCAGGCUAGAACUGGAGGCCAUGGUGGAGGGAGGUGGUGGCAGCAGCACCAGGAGAGAGGAACCCUGUUUGCAAACAGAUGACUAUCGUGCCCAGAGGCCAGAGGAGGCCACAACCAAUGGAACAGGACUCGAUAAAGAGAUAAAAUUCAGUGCAGGUUUAAGAUCAGGAGCACUGGGGGUCGAGCCAGAAUCAACAGAAGAUGAUGACUUGUUUGGGGCACAACAAGAAGCUGCCAUUCAGGAAAGGUUUGAAGACAUGUUAAGGAAAACUAAAGACACAAAGACACAAGGUAUGACAGCAGAUGUGAGGAAAAAGAAUGAGGCAGAGGCAGAUGAUGGAGAAGAUGUGGUGUUGGGAGCUGAGGCCAGGCGAAGGGCUGACUCAGGCUCGUCUCUUUCCUUCAUGAUUCGCCAGGAGAGCUCGGAGGCCCCUCCCUCCCUGUACAGAGACAUCUGGAGCUUGCGAGCCUCUCUGGAGCAAUAUGCCUCCUCAGAUCAGAGCAGCACAGAUAGGGAGUCUAUCCGCAGUGAUGCCGACAGCGUGUCAUCCUUAGGCGGCGCAGGAGCUCGCUCCGGCCUGGACAGCUGCUUGUCCCAAGACCUGGAUGAUGACCCUGAAGGAGAAGGGGAGGGAGAGGUGUCGGAUGGAGGAAUCAGAGGGGCGUCAGGUGGGGACAGUGAGGUGGGAAGUGGUGCUGGAGGAGAGAAUGAGGCAGGUAAUCGGAAGCUCCUUCAAAUGGACAGUGGCUAUGCCUCCAUUGAAGCGCCAUCCAGGGCCCCUGAGGAGAUGCGGCUCUUUGGGACUCCUGGAGCCCCAAGAGGGAAGACGGCAUCGGAGAGAAGGUUGUUCUUCACCAGCUCAGGGAGAAAAGGUUCAGUGUGCGAGAGCAUCGAGGCCAAGCUGUUUCAGGAGGAGCUGGAGGAUGAGAUGGCAGACAACACAGGGACAGAGGAGAAAGUCAAGGAGAGAUCUCAAACUGGCAACCAGUCUCUUACCCUUCAAGAACCACAUCAACUUCUGAAAUCCCUUCAUCCUCAGAAACCUCCAGAUUCACAACCGCAGCUAAUGUCUCCGCUCAUGAAGUCAAUCCCACAACCCUCUAGUCCUCACAGACCUCGCCUCCGCCGCCGUGACUACAGCAUCGAUGAAAAAACAGAUGCUCUUUUCAACGAGUUCCUCCGUCACGACCCCCGGUUCGACCAGCAGGACUCUCCACUGCGCUCCAGGCACCGCUCUAGAGUUCACCUCCGGAAGCAGUGGCAGAGACACAAGCAAUACAGCGAUCCAGGGUCAGGUACUGGGGGUAGGUACUCCCCAUCUUUAGAGAGGCAGAGGUUCACUCCACUGAGAAGGGGUGACAGCGCCGGUUACCCUCUGGACACCCGAUAUCACAGCACACUCUCACGCAUUGCGAGUGCUGCCGACGAAGAAGCGAGUGAGGUUGCAGCUGGCGAGGAGGCGGCCAAAGAGAGCACAGAGAACAAAGACCCGUCAAGUGAAGGAGCUGCCGGGGACGACAUUGAAAGUGCAGCCAACAAAACAUGUGAAGGCACAGAUGCAAAAAAGAGCAGCUGUAGUUGUACAGGGUCAGGGGGAAAGGGCAACGGCUGCCAAGUCUCUCCAAACAAGGACACAGAAAGCACAACUAGCCAGUCUUUGACCACUGUGACUGCAAAAACGAGCCACAUGGAUCCAAGAGUCGACAACAGGAAUAACAACAGUAGUCAAGCUAUCUUAUCAGAGGUUUCCCUGCAGGCAGAGGACAGCCUGUCGGACAAGCUGGUCGUGUCAGUGGAGGAGAGGCUCUACGGCGGUCUGCGCAGUGCUGAGGAGCUUGGCCAGGGAGGAUCGGAGCAUGUGCUUACCGUGUCUCACACAGACUCACCUGGCUUCAGUCCCAUAUAACCCGUUAACAAUGCCAUUUUUUGUCAUCAUCAACUUUGUUUCAGAUCCACUGCGUGUAGAACACAGACUUGAACAAAAUGGUCUACAGCAAUUCAAACGUCAUCAUGUGUUAGAUACUGGGUCAGUCUCUGCGUCCUUUCCAUUUGGACAAGUCUUCAAAAUAAAUGCAUCAUCAAACAUAUUCUAAAGGACAGAAGCACCUUCUUGACGGCCAGUCUCCUCCAGUGUUUCCAUUAAGACCUUAAUUUCCACUGUGACACCAGUGUGACAUGUGAUGCCCCUUUUUAUUGGUAACCAUUCUUCAAAUCAAAUGCAUUCAUUACAUUGCAUUGAAAAUAUAGACCCAUCUUUAGAAAAAUUAAAUAUUUUCAGACUUUACUGUGAAUUUUCAGCAUGCUACUGUAUGUCCAAACAAUGUGUAUGUGAAUACUGUACAGUUUUAACUUUAAAACAAAAAGCACUUUGAUGGGAAGAAAGAUAAUGAUGGAGUUUCUGUCACCCAUUCCUCUCAUUUUUAAACUAUAUCCUCCUCAAGUGUCCUUCUUGUCUCAAUCACCAUGAGGGUACAUGUGUAUGUGAGAGCUGCUGUGUUUGUAUUUGGUGACAGGAAGAAUAACACUGAUAAUGUAAAAAAAACAAAAACAAAAAUCAUCAUCAUUUGCAUUAUGGCUAUGUGCUUGCAGCCUUCUCUCUCAUUAACACAUAUCAGUAGAUCUGGAGAUAGCACAUUAUAUAGUAAAAGUAAAAACAGAUGGGAUAUCCAGAAAUUACAGCUAACGCAGUGGUUGAAAGUACGUGCAUCAAGAGUUUUUAUACUCAUAUUUCAUCUGUUUUUAUAGGACCUUUGUUAUUAGUCAUCUGUCCCUGUUACGUAUCAUAAUUAAGGAGAUGGUAUCCAGGAGCUUCUGUGGGCUCUGGUGGAGUGUCGUAUCACUGCUGGGACUCUGCUGUGGGGGAGACUGACAGAUGAUACUUAAAAAGACUGACAUAGAAGCCUCUCAGGCUUUUACACAGAUGGUUCAGUGACAGAGAGUUGAGGCUGUGAAAGUGGAAGUUGAAACUGAACAGCGGUGGCAUUUUGCCUGUUCCCAAAUGCCAGCAGAAUGGAAUAUACUCACUAUGUAUUACUAAAUAAAAGAUACGUCUGGUGAUAUUUUUAUCACUGUCAACAAAUCCUAUAAAAAGACCAAAACCAACAAUGAAUUGAUCAAACUAAGAAGUGCUGUCUAUGUAGCCGAAGUCUAAUAUAGCUUAUUACUUUGUGCCAUAGAGCUCGUUUGUUGUCUAAAAACUAUUAAAAACGCAUCAAUGAGCUCCAAUAAUAAGCUUUACUGGGUGACUAAUGAACACGGCCACUUCAAUUUGAAUGAAUCCCACAGACAUCGAGGCAUGGCGUAAAUAUGCACUUGAGCACAAUGACUCACAUUUGACACAUUGUUGGUUUCUGUCUUUUCAUAGAAUUUGUUGACAUUACGUACAAUAUAGAAAAUAUGAAGUAGUAUUCUUUACAUGUCAGGGUUAAAUCUGGGGUAGAGCUACAGCUUUCUUUACCCAAAAAGCUGCUGAUUAUUUUCUUGAUUAUUCAAUUAGUCUAAAAUUUUUAAAAUGGGCUUAAAAAUGUCCAUCACAUUGGUUGAGUCCUUAAAUUUCUUCGACAAAAAAAAUUUAUAAAUGAACAUCUUGUCCAUUAGCUAGCUUUUGGAGAGCUUUCGACUGCACCUCACAGUCUUCAUCAGUCUGAGCAAACAUUCUCUAAGCAGGACUGUGACCUGUGUGUGAUGUUUUUUUGUGUCAAACUACUGUUUUGGAGGUCAAGAAAGAAAUUUCAGGUUCAAUUCUUGGUGUCUUGUUCAACAAACCAGUGCAAAACCCAACAAUAUUUAAUAAAGCAGAGAGAAGCAGCAAAUCCUCGCACUGAAGAACCUACAACCAAAGAAUGGUUGGAUUUAUGAUUGAUAAAUGUUUAAUCCAUAAUAAAAACUGCUGCAGACUAAUAGAUGAAUUCAUUGUUGCAGCUAAUCCAAUCUGGAAAUGAUUUUAGGGGUUUAAAUGUCAUGAGAACUCUGAACAGCUUUCUUUCUCUCUUCAAGUAUGGAUGUAAAGUGUAAUUAUUUGUUUUGCGUUCAUGUCAAAUGACCUUGCUGCAUGUUAUGUGAGAUGAAGAAUGUCACCUGGGAGACUAUGAUAGCAGCUUGUUCCUUCUUCUUCCACAGACUUGGGUUUGAGCUGCAGUACAUACAUGUGUGUAUUUUAUGAAACUCAUGUCUCUGUCCUCAUUCAUGGUGAACCAUCUGCUUUAUUAUAAAACAGUGCAGAAAUGUCAAAUGUCUUGCAGCCUUGACAAAGGCCAGACCUUGUGGGACCAACUGAGGCACAACUUCAUCUUGAACAUUUUUCUUAAUAAAAAAAAAAAAGGGGGGGGGGAAAUGAGUGACUCCCCCACCCGUGAUAUUA